GCAAGCUCCUAUAAAAUGCAGCUCUUCCAAGAUGUCCUACCAUCAACCAAGGCCAGGAUGUCCCUCCUCCCACACUUGCUAGUAUUGCUCCUCGGAGUGGGGGCUCUGGUCGCUCCCUCUCAAGCUGGCUAUGAGUAUGAACCACCUGAGAAGAAGAAGCCACCACCAACACCCAUCUAUAAGCCUCCACCAUUCGAAAAACCACCCCCAAUUGAAAAGCCAAAGCCACCUCCCACCCCCAUUUACAAGCCACCUCCGGUAGAAAAGCCAAAGCCACCGCCAACUCCAGUUUACAAGCCCCCUCCAGUUGAAAAGCCAAAGCCACCACCCACUCCAGUUUACAAGCCCCCUCCAAUUGAAAAGCCAAAGCCACCACCCACUCCAGUAUACAAGCCCCCUCCAGUUGAAAAGCCAAAGCCACCACCCACUCCAGUUUACAAGCCCCCUCCAAUUGAAAAGCCAAAGCCACCACCCACUCCAAUAUACAAGCCCCCUCCAGUUGAAAAGCCCAAGCCACCACCCACUCCAGUUUACAAGGCCCCUCCGGUCGAAAAGCCAAAGCCACCCCCCACCCCAGUAUACAAGUCUCCUCCAAUUGAAAAGCCAAAGCCACCCCCAACUCCAGUAGAGAAGCCACCAAGCCCCUACAAUAAGCCACCCUACUACAAGCCUCCACCGUAUGAUCAUCCCCACUAAACCGACGUAUUACUCUUAUAGACAGAGAAAUAAGAGGGUGCUGCGGGUGGCUCCUUAUACAGCUAUCCUACUCCAGUUUGAAGGACUAUUAAAGUUUAUUAAAUUUUAUGUGGAUUGUAAGCUGGCGGGGUUGCUCUUUACCUAUAAAUAAUACUAGUGAGAUUUCUUACUA